CUCCUCCCCAGGCUGUCCCCAGCCAGAGACCCCCGGUUCCCCAGCUGAAGGCCGCCCGGAGGGGACCCCAGGCUGCGCAAUCGUAGGGGUCGCUCUCGGACAGCAGCGAACCUCCGCGCACCAACUUCUCGCGAGGUUUCGGGCCCCCUCCACCGCCUCGUCCGCCCCCUCCUAGCUCCGGUGCGGGCAGCUCCCGCUAUGGCUGCGCUGCGGAGGCUUCUGCGGCCGCCGCCUCGGCUCCCGCCUCCGCCCUCGCCUCACCAUCCCUUCCCUGGGCCGUGCGGGCGGCCUGCGGGCAUGGCCCCGGGCCCUCCCGGCCGGCCCUUCUGCCGGGAGGAGGAGGAGGGGGCUGUGGCUGAGGCGGCUUGGAGGCGGCGGCGGCGCUGGGGGGAGCUGAGCAUCGCGGCCGCGGCCGGCGGGGGUCUGGUCGGCCUGGUGUGCUACCAGCUGUAUGGGGACCCCAGGGCCGACUCCGCGCGGGCACCGGCCCCCUGGCUCCCCUCCAAGAGCGCGGCCGCAGAGCCGGAGGAACCGCCCCGCGGCCGGGGGCUGCUUCCCAUCCCGGUCGCCGCUGCCAAGGAGACGGUUGCUGUUGGCAGAACAGACAUUGAAGACCUAGAUCUCUAUGCAACAUCUCGGGAAAAGCGAUUUCGUUUGUUUGCGACUGUAGAAUGUGAAGGGCAGUUAUUCAUGACUCCAUAUGAUUUUAUUUUGGCUGUUACAACAGAUGAGCCCAAAUUUGCUAAAACAUGGAAGUCACUUUCCAAGCAGGAAUUAAAUCAAAUGCUAUCAGAAACACCACCAGUUUGGAAAGGAUCAUCAAAGCUAUUUCGAAAUCUUAAAGAAAGAGGUGUGAUUUCUUACACAGAAUAUCUUUUUCUUUUAUGUAUUUUAACAAAGCCACAUGCAGGUUUUAGAAUAGCUUUCAACAUGUUUGACACCGAUGGCAAUGAGAUGGUGGAUAAAAAGGAGUUUUUGGUGCUUCAAGAAAUAUUCAGGAAAAAAAAUGAAAAGAGAGAAACUAAAGGAGAUGAAGAAAAGCGUGCAAUGCUGCGUCUUCAACUUUAUGGAUACCAUUCUCCUACUAAUAGUGUACUUAAAACAGAUGCUGAGGAACUUGUCUCCAGAAGCUAUUGGGAUACACUGAGACGUAAUACAAGCCAAGCACUCUUUUCAGACCUCGCAGAGCGUGCUGAUGACAUUACAAACUUAGUAACAGAUACUACACUUCUUGUACACUUUUUUGGAAAGAAAGGAAAAGCUGAGCUCAACUUUGAAGAUUUUUAUAGAUUCAUGGAUAACCUCCAAACAGAAGUUCUAGAAAUAGAAUUCCUUUCCUACUCUAAUGGGAUGAAUACUAUCAGUGAAGAAGAUUUUGCUCAUAUUCUUUUACGAUACACAAAUGUGGAAAAUACAUCAGUAUUUUUGGAAAAUGUGCGUUAUAGUAUACGUGAAGAAAAGGGCAUUACAUUUGAUGAAUUCAGGUCAUUUUUCCAGUUUUUGAACAACCUAGAAGACUUUGCAAUAGCCUUGAAUAUGUAUAAUUUUGCAAGUCGUUCUAUAGGGCAAGAUGAAUUUAAACGUGCUGUCUAUGUAGCCACUGGCCUCAGACUGUCACCACAUUUAGUGAACACAGUCUUUAAGAUUUUUGAUGUUGACAAGGAUGAUCAAUUAAGCUAUAAAGAAUUCAUUGGAAUUAUGAAAGACAGACUCCAUAGAGGAUUCCGGGGUUAUAAAACGGUUCAGAAGUAUCCCACUUUCAAAUCCUGUCUGAAGAAGGAACUUCAUAGCAGAUAAGUACUUCUAAAGUAAAGUUUAAAGGAUUAUUAUCUACUUGAAAAUGCAAGAAGCAAAAACUUCAGAGGGCGGAAGCAGGUCUGAGAUCAGAACUUGUGUAAAUGAAGGAAAAGGUGAAAUACUAAUUAUAAUUUUUUCUUGAACUGUAUUUUUGAACAUAAGAUGCAUCUUCUUACUAAUUACUAAUGUUACGUGUUAUCAUGUUGAGCUUUUGCCUUGAUUUACUGAACUCUCUGUACUUUUUCAUUCCCUUCAGAUUCUUCCAGUGACUAUAUAAGAAUGUAUUUUAAUUUUUAAAAAAAUUUAUUAGAAAUUUGUCUCAUUUCAAAAUAAUAUAUGACUCCUGGAAUGUAGAUCACUUAAAAAUGAACAGCAGCAUAUUUUUGGUUUUGGACUGAACUUAUUAUCAGAAAAUGAAUAUUCCUUGAGAUUUAUCUUAGGGCCCUUAGAAUUGUUAAUAGAUCUCCAGGCUUUUAAUUACAUUGAAAUAAUUUUGAAACACAAAUAGAAAUUAAGCUACUAUACAAUAUGAUGGUUUACACUGUACUUUUAACUUUUAAAAUUGCUUAAUUAACAUAUAUUGUUUGAAUCAUAUAAAGUUUUUUUUAAAAGUUUUUGUUCAUUUACCAAAGGCAACAGAAUGUCUGGUAUUAUUUUACGUAUACAGUAAUUUAAAAUGUAGAUUUUUUUUUCUCAAAAAAAGUCAUACAUUAAUGGUAGAAACAGUGGUAGUUUUUGUAGCAGUAGUCACUGUUAUUGUCAUUAUUGUUUUAAACAUGGUGCAGCUCCUGAUAGUAGAUGGUACAUGUUAAUAACAGUAGUAAAAAUAAUAUCUUGAGGCUCUGUAACUUAUCGCAUAUUAUUAUUAUGUGUCUGUAGUGUCAAAAUGAGUAUUAUAAAAGAUUAAUAUAAAAUGGUUUCGCAGACUGAAGUAUAUAUUAGGUAGGAGUUAAUAUUUGUUUCUUGCGAAAGGACCACAUGUAAAAGUAAGGCCAAACAGCCAGUAAUCAUGAAUACUUUAAAUAUAAUUCAUUAUUUCAAAAUGUCUUAAAAGAGAAAAGAUAAACUUUCUAUUGAAAAACAGCAAAAUUAGAUUUUCUCCUGGAGAAAAUAACUUGAUAGUAUUUAAUGGAAAUCUGUUCAAUUAAAAAAAUGUAGUUUAUAAUAAGUUACUAUGCAAAAACAGAACAAUGAAUUUAAAUUAAUAUAUUUGUAUACUGUAUGUGGAAGAUAGGUUCAUUUAUCUUCUAAGAUGUACUAAAUAUAAAUUGCACACACUCCAACUGUUAUCUUGCUUUUACAUAUGAAAAUAGGAAAUACUGACUUUGUUUUCGUUAAGUUAUUAAAUGUGAAAUUGAUAGUUCUGCAUCAGCCUAUUUAUAAAAGUAAUGUUAUUUCCAAGAAUAUGUUGUUAGCAUUGACAAUGCAUUUUUAGACUUUUUACAUUCUUUAUCUGAUAUUAUUUAUUACAUUGAUAUAGAAAUAUGUGAUUCAUCAGUUUUAGGAUUUCAUAUAGUAUAAUUUCACCUACUUUGCAGGUUGAUUCAGUUGAUUAACUAAAUGAAAAUAUCUACCUUCUCAUUUAACGUGCCCCAGCUCUAUUUUACCUUACACUGAAUGUUCUCAAUAUUAUUUGCUAUCUAAAAUAGUAGGAAAAAUGCAACUUACUUUUAUCUUUGAUUAUAAUCUAAAUUAUCUUGCAUACAUGGAAAAAUUGCUAUUUAGAACAGUCCUAUAAAUAGAUAUUAAAAACUGAAUUAGCUCAUUAAGAUUCUUUAUAAUUCUGCCAUUCUCCCAAGGAAUACUACAUACGCAACCUCUAUUCUUUAUUGCUUAUCAGAGUGAAUGGAUACUCAUCUGCUUAUAAGACUGCAGCAUAAUAUUAAAAUGCAAAUAAAUAAAAUAUUCUGACCAAUUAAAAUGGAAAAGAGUAGUAAAUUAUGGUGAUUCUCCACAUAUUAUCACUCUUGAACUUUAUCAUCUAUAAAAUGGGAGGUAAAAAUAUCUCACUGGACUGUUGUUUACAUCAAUUUUAAAAAUUUUAAGUGCUUUGAAAAUAGUAAUGUAUUAAAUACAUGUAUGCUAUUCUCAGUAUUUCCUUCUACAAACUAUUCCUGGGAAAGAUGAAGCUAUACAUGAAAUUUUAGUACCAUACUAUACAGAAGACUUUAUGAUGAAAGGUUUAUGGUAAUUCUCAGAAUCAUUUCUUAUUAUGAAUUUCAUUUAAGUUCCAGUUUAUUGUUCUUAUUAUAAAAUAUAACUGUAAAGUGACCUGUCUCACAUUCUUAUGUUAUCAUAAAAUAAAUA